GAAUAAAAACCCCCUAUCGAUACUUCAGCUCAUUGCAGCCUGAGUUUCUGUCUCUCUCCCUUUGUCUCUACUCUUAGAAAACUUUCCAAAGAGAAGAGACAAUGGAUUUCAGGUUCAAUAAAAGCCUUCUCCUCAUCUUGUCCCUCUCUUAUCUCCUCGUAUCCAGCAAUGCCAUCCCUUUAACUCGCGUUCUUCACAUCCCUCCCGUCGGCUCCCCAACUGUUGCACCACACAUGGACCUGAUAGACGGCAUCAUGAGUCUAGCAGCUAAAGCUGUCACGAAAAUCAGUCCUCAGAUCUCAAAAUUCUGCACUGGCACCGAGAACCCAACCCUUUGUGCUCAAACCAUUGCCCCAUUCCUGGAUGGUUCUUUUGACCCCAUCAAGGCUCUUGAGACUCUUGUCAAUGCUACCCUCAAUCACACAAGGAAAGUUUGUGGUACCAUCACCAAGUUGAUCAACGACCCAAGCACCUCUAAGAAUGCCCUUGAUGCCCUUGGCAUCUGCAAGAGUCAGUAUGAUGAUAUCAUGGAUACCGUCAAGGAAGCAAUAGAGUUAAUAGAACAACAAAAUGUGGUGGAUGCUUAUUACAAGUUCAGCUCUGUGAUUGGAGACCAAUCUUCAUGUGAGGACGCUUUUAAUGAGUCUCCUGGGGUUAACAUGCCCUUCGCUAAGGAUUCACAAACUCUAUACCAGUUGGGAGGCAAUUGCCUGGCCAUCAUGGACGGGAUAGUUAAUAAUAGCAAGUUGUAAAUUCAGUAUGCAUUAAAAUAUGUUGGAGAUCAUGGGAGAGGGACGUGGUGAGGUGUUUCAUCAUUAACCACGUUUUUUGUACCCUUGUCAUAUUAAAAUAAGUUAUUAUGCAUGGUUUCUGAUACUUUUUUCCUUCAUUAUGGAACGUUUGUUUGAUAAUAUAUACAUAUGUUCUUAGUUAGAGCGUAUUUUAUUUUGCAAAAAUGGGUAGAGCACAUUCCCAUUAGAUACUGGUGUAAUGUGCAUGUCGCCCGUUUGUACUGGA